CUUGAACUAGAUCACUUCAGCAGAUGCUAACUUAGUAAUUCCCUCUUGCUCCAAAACGAACUUUGUUCCUGUAAUGACUGACAGCUGAUGCAACGAUAAGAGAAUGGAGUCUAUAAAAAUCUAGCUGAAGCCUGGGAAGUUCUAUUUGGGGCUCUUCCUACCUCCUCCGCCCAAGGCUGGUCCUGCGGUCGAAGUGACAGCUCAUACCGUGAAGAUGCACUGUUGGAAAAUGAUGGCAGUCUUGUUGCUCUGCUCACUGCUGCUCAGCCAGACAGACUGUGCUUCCUUGCACCACCAACAGCCUCGGCUAACGAGACAGAGGCGGAUGACGCCUUUCUGGAGAGGAGUCUCGCUGAGACCCGUCGGAGCCUCAUGCAGGGAUAACAGCGAAUGCAUUACAAUGCUGUGCAGGAAGAACCGCUGUUUCCUUAGAACAGCCUCGGAGUGACCUGCCACGAUGAAGAACACCAUCACUGUUACUGCUAACAAUGCUCCACUCUACUUGGGAAAUAUUUAUUGGCCGUUGGAAAGCUAGGACAGUGAAUGAGCAAUAAGUGUAUUUAACAUUUCUGUCGUACGAACCGAUAAAAGGACUUCAAAGAGCUUGAGACCGUUUUCUAACCCAGGCUGUAUCUCUGCAGCUCACCCUUCAGGAUGACUCUGGCCAAGCUCAAUAAAAGGACUCUGCAUCUCGUGUU